CCCGGCUCAUCGCGACGUUUCGCACCUCGCUCAUCAGCUUCUUAGGCGUGGUCUACUACUCCGACCUCCACGCUUCCCUCUCAAUCACCAACCACUGCCACUUAUGGCGGGCCCACUAACCCCAGUCACUUCGACGCUCAUCAAUGCUAACACUUCGAGUACAGGUCAUCGCACUUUGAAAGAGCUGGAUGACACUGCCGCACUCAAAAAUAGCAGCGUGCCUCAUUUUCGGAACCUCGCCCAGAAUCUUCGAAACGGCUCUGAAAUCAGAAUCCCAGGCGUCACAACAGAUGCUGAAGAUGUUGCUGGUCUCCAGGGUAGAAUUCGAUUGCAGCGGACGCAAAGCAUCAAGACCGGCUCUCGAAACUGGAUGGAUAAUCAGCGAAAAAAUAUCCAAGCUUACGAGUAUUUAUGCCAUAUCGGCGAGGCUAAAGAAUGGCUUGAAGCUUGCAUCGGCGAACCUAUCCCUCCGGUUGUUCAACUAGAGGAGCGUCUGCGAGAUGGUGUCAUUCUUGCUCAACUGACCAAAGUCUUCGCGCCAAACCUCGUCAAAAAGAUCUUCCGCGCUCCAAAGCUGCAGUGGCUGCACUCCAACAAUAUUCACAUCUUUUUCAAAUUUUUGGAGGAAGUUGAUAUGCCUGAUCUCUUCCGAUUCGAAUUUACCGACCUCUACGAUAAGAAGAACAUUCCUAAAGUCAUCUACUGUAUACACGCACUUGCGUUUAUUCUGUCGUCAAGUGGAUUGGCACCUGAAAUUGGCGAUCUUGUUGGCAAGCUUGAGUUCACAGAAGAUGAGAUCCGCGAUACCCAGCGUGGCCUUGACGCGGCAGGAAUUAACUUGCCGAAUUUCAAAACAAUGAGUCGACAUUUUGAAGACGGUUCUCAGGCUGCACAAGCACCCCAACCUGAGCCCGAACAAGUCCCUCGUGAAACCGAAGAUGAGCGAGUUGAUCGCGAGUUGGGCGAAGCCUCUGGUGAUAUCGUCGCGCUCCAGGCUGUCAUCAACGGUGCGAUAGCUCGCUCAAGCCUUCGCGCAUUGAUGGAGGAUAUGAUGGACUCGAGCAGCCAGACUGUCACUAUUCAGAGUCACAUAAGAGCAAAUAUGGCUCGAGCGAAACUGGCUGCCAAGUUUGAAACUCUGAACUCAGACGGGAACAGCAUAGUCAAUCUUCAAAGCCUUAUUCGUGGACAGACUGUUCGUUCCAUUGUCGAUGUGAUUCUGAAGGAGCUGAAGCAGAAUACCCCUCUUUACGUGCUGAUCCAGAGUACCAUCAGAGGCAAUCGUGUGCGAGCAAGGAUUAACUCAAUUUCCAAUCAGAAUGACCGACUGGCGUUUGCAAAGAAUGUUCAGUCAAUCAGUCGCAAAUAUCUAGUUCAGCAGCGUCUGACCGCUCAGCAAAAGUCUCUCAACAGUCAGAGUCGCUAUGUUACUCGUUUCCAAGCUCGGGCACGAGGUUACCUCGUGCGCAAGCAGGUAGAUGACCAUGACAAUGUGCUCAGCAGACAUACGCGAUCUGUGAUCGAUCUUCAAAGUCACGCUCGCAAAUACCUUUACAACACUAAGGCUAAGACGACAAACCGGAAGAUAGAGUACACAGAAUCUGCCGUUACUCUUCUUCAAGCUUGUGUUCGUGGGUGCUUGGCCAGGAGAAAGCUUGAUCAGACUAUGGUCGAGCUCCAUUCCGAUCCGAAUACUACGCAAUUGGAAAAGCUCCAAGCUAUCUCCCGUGGAAAGAUGCUGCGUCGUGAUUUCUAUAAGAAAGGUCUGCUACUAGAGUCAUGCCAUAAAGAGCUCGAUGAUUUGAAGUCCCGAAUUCGUGGGUCGAUGAUCCGAGCCACUCUGAUGGCGGACAACCUCGAUCUCGUUCAGUGUGAAGAGCGUCUCCCUCAAUUGCAAGCGAUCAUUCGACGAUUCCUACUCAAAAACCGGAUAAUAUCGACUAUAGACGAUUUGAAGAGUGCCUUGAGUGUUAUAGUCCAGCUACAGUCCGAGGCUCGAGGAUCAUCUGUUCGUGACCGGAUAAACGCAGAUCACGAGGAGAUCUUGCAGAACGAAGAAGGUCUUAUCGAACUGCAAAGCCGGGUUCGUGGAAUGCUUGGAAGAUUUCAUUAUUAUAGGGAUCUUCGUGCAAUCGAUGAAUCAGAAGGUGUGUCGGUUGUGCCUUUGCAGUCGUUGAUUCGCGCAAGUUUUGUACGCGACUGGAGGCUGCGGAUCAUAGGACAGAUCAGCAAGCACACGGACGAUAUCAUUGAGUUACAGUCGAUUAUCCGUGGCGCUACUGUGAGGGUGGAUAUCCGAACUUUUGAGGAGGAACUAGCGGACGAAGAGUUCGACUCCAUUCUGAGACUUCAGUGCCUGACCAGAGGUUAUCUUGUUCGGAAGCGAUUCAACGAGCGAAAAAACCAUUUUGAGAAAAACAUGAAUCAGAUUAUAAAGAUUCAGAGUUUUGUCAGAGCCAAGCAGCAAGCGGAUGCCUAUAAGGCGCUUACUACGGGAAAGAAUCCACCUCUGGCAACUGUGAAGAACUUUGUUCAUCUGUUGACUGACAAUGAUCUUGACUUUGAGGAGGAAGUCGAAUAUGAAAAGAUGCGGAAGCAGGUUGUUGAGGAGGUGCAUCAGAACGAACAACUUGAGCAGUUUAUUGAUCAGCUUGAUGUCAAGAUCGCGUUAUUGGUCAAGAACAAGAUUACUCUGGAUGAGGUCAUCAAGCAUCAACGAGGAGCAAUGCCCAAGACAGUGAUUACCAGUUCCGAUCCAUUCGACCUUAGAUCGCUCAACAAGACCUCGCGCCGGAGAUUGGAGCUAUACCAGGGAAUUUUCUUUGUCCUGCAGACUCAGCCAGUCUACCUCUGUAACUUAUUUGUGGCUCUGCAGACGAUGCCUAGGGUGACAGAAAUGGAGAUCAAAACUGUGGAGGGUGUGGUGAUGAUACUCUAUGAAUACGCUCAGAGGAAACGGGAAGAGUUCUUCUUUUUGAAACUGCUCUCUAAGUCAAUGACAGAGUCAGCUCAAUCGUAUGAGUCGCCGGCAGAAUAUGUCAAGAGUCAUAAUAUGUGGGCAAGGCUCUUCACCAACUAUGUCAGGGGUGCUGAGGAGAGACAAUUCCUCAAUGAGCUUCUGUCUCCUAUAGUCGAGUCUGUUGUUAGUGAAGAGGACUUCGACUUAGAAAGCGAUCCAUUGACGAUAUAUCAUGCCUCUAUCAACAACGAGGAGAUGCGGACGGGAAUGAAAAGUUCAAGAGAACAUAAUGUGGUCGUCGACGUUGCAAUCAAGGACCCAGAAACUAGGGCAACCUACAUUAAGAAUCUUCAGUUCCUCCGAGAGUAUGCUUUAGAAUUUUUGAGUACACUCACAGAAAGUGUUGAGAGCAUGCCGUACGGAAUUCGUUAUUUCUGUCGCACUGUAUUCGAACUUCUGCAGAAACACUACACCUUCGAGUCCGAGGACCGGCUUCUUAGCGUUGUUGCGAACGUGUUGUAUCACCGGUACAUGAAUGGGGCUAUUGUGGCGCCAGACAUGUUUGGAAUAUACGCUGUUCCUUUGAAUCAGUUGCAAAAGAAAAACUUGAGCCAGAUUGCUCGCAUAAUCACUCAGAUUGCUUCUGGACGACUAUUCAAUGAGGACAACGUGUUCCUGCAACCUUUGAACCUCAACUUGACCACGUAUAUCACUCAGAUGAGGGAUACUAUUCGCCAGAUCAUUGAUAUUCCCGACCCCGAGGUUCAUUUCGAUAUGGAUGAAUAUGAUGAUCUCACGGCGCCCCAGCGCCCGACUCUGCAUAUGAAGACAUCAGAUAUCCAUUCUCUGCAUUCGAUCAUCACAAGUUAUAUUGAAAUGAUAGCACCAGAGCUUCAGGAUCCCCUACGAGCAGCUGUCAAAGAGCUUGGUCCACUUCCGUCGAAUUCGAAUGAGAUUCUUAAUAUAGCGCGAUUGACGGAGGUGAAGUUGGAUCUGAAUCCUAGCUUCAUCAGUGUGGAGGACCGGGAUGCCGAGGUGAACUCUCUAUUCAUGGCUGCCAAGAGAUGCGUUCUUUACAUCAUUCGCGUGCAGAGCGGUAGCAAUCUGCUAGAGGUUCUCAUCAAGCCUGUUACGGAAGACGAUGAGCGGAAGUACAAGGCGAUCCUUGAAGAAGAGAAAGCUUCGAAAGCGGAAGUGACGUAUUCCUCUGCCAACGCGCUCGGAGACCUGAGCCUAUUGCAUUACAGAGAUUUGAAAGUGAUUGCUUUGGAAAAGAUCAUCGAGCUGGAAAACCUCGGAAAGAUCACUCGGAAGAAUCACUUCCAAGAUCUUUUGAAUGCGAUUGCGAACGAUAUCAGGACGAAGCGGAAUCGACGAAUUCAGCGGCAGAAAGAGCUUGAGGGUGCGAAGCAGACCUUGAAGCACUUGGCCGAUAAGGAGUCCUAUCUGCAGACUAAACUGAAGAGUUAUAAUGAUUACAUUGAGCACUCAAUGUCGACUUUGCAGGCCAAGAAAGGGAAGCGGAGAAACAUCAUGCCUUUCACCAAGCAGUUCUUUCACAUGCGCGAACUGCAGAAAUCCGGACGGGUGCCGAAGUUUGGCUCGUUCAAGUACUCGGCGGCAAAACUGCUUGAGAAAGGUGUGCUCAUUGAUCUUUCGGGAUUCUCCGACCGUCAGUAUGAGAAGAUCGACUUCACGUUCUCGUCUGAUCAGAUUGGUGUCUUCUUUGUGGAAGCCUCACAGGGAUCUAUCACUCUGCCUGGUGGAACUGUGGACUUGACUCUUGACGAGCUAUUAGAGAAACAAUUCAACAACCACCAGACCUUGAAGUUGUUUGACGACAUGGCUACAUUCAAUACUAAUCUGCUGUUGCAUCUAAUUUUCAAGAAGUUCUACAGAGACGGCUAGACGUGUUGCUUGAGGCAAGUAUAUUUUUGAGAUAUCCGUGUUUGUAGUAUUAGUAUUUGUAUUCUUGGUAUAUCGUAUGAUUUUGGCUCAAGUAUUUUGCGAUUUUGACAUUUUGAGAUUUUUGGAGGAUGUGAGUGUAUUGUAAUGUGAUUAGUUGGCUUUUUGGUAAGCUCUUUGAAUCUCUUGUGAUAAUUCGAGGUGGAACAGUAAUAUUGAAAGCCAGUAAUAUACAUUUGCCAGUUAA